UUGAAAAAUAGCAUAACACACUUGAUAUAAAACUGCGAAAAAAAAAGGAAGAAUCAAAGCCUGGGGCUCGAAGGAUAUUUUUAAACAGCAAAACUUGUUUAGAUAUUAAUUAAAUUAUUAAUAAUGUCCUGUUCAUAUGCAGAUGGAUUAUCACCUUAUGAUGAUAAGGGGGUUCUGGGAGCCCCAGAGAAAUUUGAUGAUGCUGAGAAAUUGGACACAAAAUGCAACCUUUUGGCGAAACAGAUCAGUGAAGCAAGGCAUGUUGUCUUUCACACUGGAGCUGGCAUCAGUACAACUGCCGGAAUACCAGAUUUCAGAGGUCCAAAUGGAGUUUGGACUUUGGAGAAGAAAGGUUUAAAACCAAAUGUUAAUAUUUCAUUCAAUGAUGCUGUGCCAACUAAGACCCACAUGGCUUUGAAACAAUUAGUUGAUUUGGGAAUGGUGAAAUACAUUGUAAGCCAGAAUAUUGAUGGCUUGCAUUUGCGUUCUGGAUUGAAACGCGAAUUUCUAUCAGAAUUACAUGGGAAUAUGUUCAUAGAGCAAUGUGAUACUUGUGAAAAGCAGUUUAUUAGACACAGUGCAACGACUAGUGUUGGACAGAAGCUUUUGGACAAGAAUUGCCCUAGGGUGAAGUUAACUGGAAGGGCUUGUAGAGGGAAAAUUCGCGAUACUGUUUUGGAUUGGGAGGCAAAUCUACCGGAUUUAGAUUUGAAGCUAUCAGAGUUGCAUUCUAGUGUGGCUGAUCUGAAUAUUUGCUUGGGGACUACAUUGCAAAUUGUGCCCAGCGGUAAUUUACCGCUGAACACGUUAAAGUACGGAGGAAGAAUGGUUAUAGUCAACCUCCAAGCGACAAAACACGAUAAAAAAGCAGAUAUGAUCAUAAACGCGUACGUGGACGACGUCAUGGUUAAGGUGAUGAAGAAAUUGGGCUUGGAAAUACCCGAGUACACUCCGGAGAUGGAUCCGUCGAAGACGGAGGGUUUGCACGACGGGAGCAAGCUGAUCGAGUGGACGAUCUUCAAGGACGACUUGAACAGCGCGAAGAAGCUGCACGAGAUCCACUGCAAGAAUUUCAAGAAGAGGAAACUGGAGAUGAAGGAUAUCAAGAAGAAAAUCAAAAAGGAAGAGGUGGAGGAGUAGAGUUUUUGAACAUUUUACACGCAUUCAUAAAUAUAUAUAUAUAAUAUGUUGAUAACACGAAAAUCUUAGUGGUAUCAUGUCACAGAGGUAGUGAAUUAAUAAUAACGAUCAAUCACAAAAUUCAACAAACACUGGAUCGAUGAUGUUGACCAGAACUAUAAGCAAGACCAGGCAGCAGAAAUGUGCGUGCUCCAAUCUGAUGGGAACGUAUCGGAUUGUCGUUAUUUACGUUGUGCUGAUUGCAUCAGUCAUGAUUUUCUGCGCCUGGAUGGGGAACAGGGCCGAAAGGAAGACCGUGUACAGAGCAACUGGCCCAUUCUAACUGGUUUCGAAAAUGUAUCUAAUCUCUUUGUACACUGUU